CAGACCAGAAAAACAAUUUUAAUCAGACAUUUGACUUCAGCACACGUGUGUCAGACACUUACGUAAUGACGUCAGUCAGCAGCCUCUGACGUACUCCAAAAUGGCGGUGCCCUUGUUGCAAUGGGUUCUGCUGAUGAGCACUUGUUAGCCAACUUAUUGUGAAUAACUGAGCUUUACCGGUCCUGACGUCUGAUUCGGGGUGAUCGACUCUGUCGGCUUGAUGUUAAAGACCAGUGCAGCAGGUCCAUCCUAUGUCACCUCUCCUCAGCCAAUGAAAGACUCCAAAGAGAACUACUCAAUGACCAACCAAGGGAUCCUGGACCACAUUAAGCCAUGCUGGUACUGGGACAAGAAGGAUUUAGCCCACACCCCCUCUCAGUCAGAAGGCCUGGACCCUGGCACAGAGGCCCGGUAUCGGAGAGAAGGAGCACGCUUCAUUUUUGACGUGGGGACGAGACUUGGCCUACACUAUGACACGCUGGCAACUGGUAUCAUUUAUUUCCACCGUUUCUACAUGUUCCACUCCUUCAAGCAGUUCCCCAGAUAUGUGACGGGUGCCUGCUGUCUUUUCCUGGCAGGAAAAGUAGAGGAAACCCCGAAGAAAUGUAGAGACAUCAUCAAGACAGCCCGCAUCUUGCUGAAUGAUGUGCAGUUUGCUCAGUUUGGAGAUGAUCCCAAGGAAGAGGUGAUGGUGUUGGAGAGAAUUUUGCUCCAGACGAUCAAAUUUGACUUGCAGGUGGAGCACCCUUACAUGUUCCUGCUACGCUACGUCAAACAACUCAAAGGAGAGAAGAAUAAAGUGUGCAAGGUGCUGCAGAUGGCAUGGACCUUUGUCAAUGACAGCCUGUGCACCAUGCUGUCCCUACAGUGGGAACCAGAGAUUAUUGCAGUAGCUGUCAUGUACCUAGCCGGCCGCCUCUGCAAGUUUGACAUCCAGGAGUGGACCGCCAAGCAGUCCUCUCGCCGCUGGUGGGAGCAGUUUGUCCAGGACGUCCCAGUGGAGCUGCUUGAAGACAUUUGCCACCAGAUCCUAGACCUGUACUCCCAGGGGAACAAGCCCAUCCCUCAGCAGAUCCAGGAGAAGGAGCGGGCCUCUGUGCCACCACUACCUGCUCCUCCAAUCCCACAGGGACUACCGCCAGUUACCAACCCUCCUCCCCCACCACCAAAGAAGACUUCACCUCAGGGAGGCAGCCCGGCACGCCAGCUCAAGCGCUCACAUACAUCCCCUAAAGAAGAGCCAAAAGCUCCAGAACAAAUUGGAUCAAAGAUUCCCAGACUGGAGAGCCCCAUGCCCCCUCUGCCCACAUCGCUGCCUCCCCCAGAACGCAAACCUGCAGCUCCAGCACCCCCCACAGAAGCAGAACCAGGAAAUGAAGUUGCUCCUCCUCUCCCACAUGCCCCACCUCCACACCAGCCCCCUCCCUUACCUCAUCGCCCUCCUCCGCCUCCACCCUCCAACUACAUCAUGUCCACCAGCAGCUCCUACAUGUCUGGAGAAGGCUUCCAAAGCUUGCAGUCCCUGAUGAAGACAGAAGGUCCAUCCUACGCUCCCAUGCCUCCCAACUAUGCACCCCCAAUACCGCCAUACCACCCCCACGUCUAUCCGCCGCCUGCUGCACCUCCUCCAGGCCCUCCACCCCCGCCCUCUUCGUACCCACCACCCAACUUGCCACCGACCUAUCCACCACCAGGCUAUAACAACUACCCUCCACCCCCUCCGCGCAUGCCGCCAGGCCAUGUGCCCCCUCCAGGUAUUGCCCUUCCACCGACUGGGUACCCUCCUCCACCCCCAGGACAGUCACAAGUACCCCUGCCCCCUCCACCUGGCAUGCCCCUUAACCGUGGUGGAUGGAUGAGAUGAGAGCGUGACAAGUGGAUGAACUGCAGCUAAAGAGCAUGAGUGACCAGGAUCUGAACAGAGGAGGAGUUGGUUCAGCUCCUUUUAGACUUUUGCUAAUGAGGUUCUAUGUGACGGCUUCACAACUAUUAGAUUUGAAAAGUAAAAGUGAGGUCUGGACAGUUUUCGCCAGGUCAGGUUCCCAUGACCUCAGGUACUGUGGUAUAAGGAGAACCUGAUCUGCUGAGAUUCCUGUAAUACUUUUAAAUAAACAGUUCAAACAUGUACAGGAUGGUACUUAUUGUGCCUAGUUCCAGGAACUUGUAACAAAAGCUGUCUGCUGUUUGUUAUUGUUUUGAAAAUGUACCAGGAAAUGUCAGAACCCUAAUCCUUUUUUUCCAUUAUGGUGUUUUUUUUUCAUGCACACUCUGCCACUCAACGUGAGGGGAUGAAAUGUACAAUUGUUACUCAAACUUUAGGAGCUCUAAAGUGGAGUCCUAGAUGUCCUGCUAUAUUCUGUUGGCCUAAUUUUGUAAUUUAGUAAUUUAGUUUGGUAUUUCAUGAAUUCCCAGUCAUACAAGCGGCUCUGUCUCUGCAGUCUGCUUUUCUCUUCACAUUCCAACGUUCUGCUAAAAUAGAAACGGUGCAAAAAACUUGAGCUGGUUGAAAAAGCUGUUCUCUGGUACACAAAGGAAAUAUUGAAAGACACCUGUGAGUGCAUCUGUUCAAACAUGCUGUACACCAUUUUGUCAUUACUAUUUGCUCUAUUAAAAUCCCUAUUACAUAAUAUGAGAUUUUACAUGUACUAUUAUAGGCUGUUUGUCAUACCUGUCUCAUUAUUUUUAGUGACUCUACACAUGAUCUUGAUUAUGACAAACCUCUCAUUAAACCAACCAUGUCUAACACUGGACAGUCUGAGGUAUAUUUGUACAUAUCUGAGCUUUUCAUUUAGCUGUCAUUUAUUCUCUGUUACAGUUUUAGCCAUAUGUGCCUUAGUUAGGCCUCUUCUCUGUAACCUGCACGCAGCUUUGGUUUUUUGUCUGUGUGGCACUUAGGAUAAUAAAGCUUUUCCUACUUUGAACAGA